CAUCAUCAGAUCAGUUGAACUUUAACUGUGCGCAAGUAAGGAUCACCAUCGAAUUUGUAAAAGUAUUCAAAAAUGAAAUACGUUGUUUUCCUUUUUUUGUCAGUUUUUUCAGUUAACAGUUAUGCAAGUUUUAUAAAUGUUUAUCCAAAAUUAAAAAGUUAUCACACAUCCCCUAAAGAAGAUGUAGGAGAACCAUUGUUAUUAACACCUUUAAUUGAAAGUGGAAAAAUUAACGAAGCAAGAGAAAAAUCGUCCGUUGAACAUGCCGAAAUAGAAGGAAUAAACAGUUAUUCCGGAUACUUCACUGUCAAUAAGGACUAUGGAUCUAAUAUGUUCUUUUGGUUCUUCCCGGCUCAGGUUGAUCCUGUCAACGCACCCGUUGUUCUAUGGCUUCAGGGGGGUCCAGGAGCUACGUCGAUGUUUGGACUAUUUUUGGAAAAUGGACCUUUCCGCGUUACAAAAAACAAAACUCUUCAAAUGAGAAAAUACUCUUGGAAUAUGAAUCACAAUUUACUGUACUUCGAUAAUCCAGUCGGAACAGGUUAUAGUUUCACCAAGGACAUUAAAGGAUAUGCCAACAAUGAGACGGAUGUGGGACGCGAUGUCCAUACCGCUUUAGUGCAAUUCUUCCAGUUGUUCCAUGAAUUUCAAAAGAAUGAUUUCUUCGUAACUGGCGAGUCUUACGGAGGAAAAUAUGUUCCCGCAGUUUCCCAUGCUAUAAAAGACUAUAAUAUCAAAGCAGAUUUGAAAAUCAAUCUAAAAGGAUUAGCAAUAGGAAAUGGACUAACAGAUCCGGAAAAUCAACUUGUCUAUGGUGAUUAUUUAUAUCAACUGGGAUUGAUAGACCUGAAUGGAAGAAAUACCUUUAACUUGUAUGAAAAGAAAGCUCGUGAUUUCAUUCAGCAGAAAAAGUUUAACGAAGCUGCUGAUAUUUUUGAUCUUCUACUCAAUGGGGACUUCCACGCAACACCCUCGCUUUUCACAAAUUUAACUGGCUUCAAUUAUUACUUCAACUACCUGCAUACACAAGAUUCUAAUGAUUCCGAUUGGAUGUCAGAAUGGAUUCAGAGAGCCGACGUUAGGCGUGCUAUACAUGUUGGAAACUGUUCUUUUCACACUGAAGAUACCAAGGUUGAAGAGCAUCUGAAAUCCGAUAUUAUGCAAUCUCUUGCUAUAUUAAUCGAAGAUCUUUUGAAACAUUACAAAGUUCUAAUCUACAAUGGUCAGCUGGACAUCAUAGUGGCAUAUCCUUUGACAGAAAAUUAUUUACAAAAAUUACAAUGGACUGGCGCUGCCAAGUACACUUCGGCCAAGAGAAGAAUAUGGAAAGUUCAAAAUGAAGUUGCCGGAUAUGUGAAGGUCGUUGAUAAUUUAACAGAAGUUCUUGUUCGAAAUGCAGGGCAUAUGGUUCCUAUGGAUCAACCAAAAUGGACUUUUGACUUAAUCACCAGAUUUACUCAUGGAAAACCACUUUAGUUACUUUCAAAUGUUGUUCAUUUUGAUAAUUAAAAAAAAUUUUGAUUAAAAUUAAUUAAAACUUGAAGUCUAUAUAUUAUCCACUAUUAUAAUUCGAACAAAUUUUUUUAUACACAUAGGUAUGUAAAUGUUUUACAAUAAAAUCAAAUAAAAUAAUUUUGCAUCAUCCAA